CCCUUCUCGCAGCACCCCUUCACCCACCACGCUAAGCCGCACGACCCGCCCGUCCGCUGCACCAUUGGGUGGCAGCCUGGUGUGGGCUGGGCGCCUGAUGGUGUUCAUCAAACGUAUGUUUCCGCAUCGGCGACUUCCCUGCUGAAGAGGCUCAUGCUGGUUCACCGAGGGAUGGCUGUGGGCGGCAUGUCCCAGUCGCCAAUAGUGCACGUUGACCGGUAAGUGGACGGAUGAAGGUGGCAGGUCGCUGGUGGUCUGCGUCAAACAUGGAUGUGUGCGUCAGGAGUGUGCGUGGCGGUUAUCUGGACCGCACGGUGACUCGAUCGCCCCACACGCCCCUUGACGAGUGCUCACACGUGACGGCAUACGAGGCGGUCAGUGGGGGGUGUGGGCAGUCGCAUGUGCUGACGUCGUCCGGUGACCCCUUCAUCGCAUGGAUUAACUUUGGCACCCCUCCAGGCCUCACCAGCCAGAACGGUAUGCAUAUAUGUAGGAGAACAGCAACUCGACAACACCCCCAUGCUGUCAUGGUGUCUGAUUUUGUGCUCAUGGCUACGUGCAGUGCACAUGUUCAUCAGUACCACCGAGGCGCCGGCAGCAGGUGUCCCCCAUGACGCGCCCUUCGCACACCGAUUCCCCCUGACGGCCGCCAAGGCAUGUCUCGUCCUCGGCCCCAUCGCAGCUAUCGUCCUCGACGGCCAGGCACCAUAAGACCAUGAAGGUGAGGGCCACACAGGUGAUGCAGACGACUAGGUGGUUUCAACGGAGGAGACACGACUAGCUGACUGUCUGGCGGGCGAGCGGACUGCGUGUGGUGGUGUAUGCAUUGUAUCUGUUGGCGGCAUGUCUGCACGACAAUGAGAAAGACUCACCCGUAGAGAGAAAGGUCCAUUUCCAUCCUUUAUCUCCCACAUGGCAAGCAAGAAC